AUGAUAUUAUUUCCUAAUAUUGGAUUUCAACGUCGAGAUGGUAAUUGGCGUCUAAACGUACAUGGUUGGCGCUUUCAAAAAUCAAAUCGUAAUAAAUUAUUGGGUGAAUCAUCUUCAGCAAUUGCUCAACGUCUUGUACAUUUCUUUGCUACAUCAGAACAGAUCAUCUAUUACAAUGAUACAUUUCAACGUGAUCGUCUUAAACCUUUUAUGGUUCAAGGUAAAAAAAACGAAGAAAUUUUAAUUAUAAUUGGAAACAAACAUAAUUAUACAACGAAAACUGAUGACGAUGGACAAUUUCGUACUUCGUUCAUUAUACCUGAUGUAGAUGUGCACGAAUUAGAAAAUGCAACAAGAACAGAUCGAGUAAUAACAUAUAAGGCCGUUGGUGACAAUGGUGAUUUAUGGCAUGGAAAAAUUCAUUUAUUAAAACGACAUGGACUAUCUAUUAUAUCUGAUAUUGAUGAUACAAUUAAAGUUAGUGAAGUAUUAGAUAAAAUUCGACUUGUAGCUAAUACAUUCAUUCAUCAUUUCCGUGUUGUAGAAGGAAUGCCAGAAGUAUAUCGUGGAUGGAACGAUAAAUACAAUUGUACAUUUCAUUAUCUGAGUGCAAUGCCAGAUCAACUCUACGCAGUGACGAAAGAUUUUGUUGAUGACCAUCAGUUCCCUGAUGGUACUUUUCAUAUGCGUCACUUUCAUUGGUCUUCUAUAUCGAUUUAUAAUUUUGUUCAUUCUAUCGAUACAAAAAUGCACAAAACUAAUCAUUUACGUUAUUUUAUUUUUAACUCAUUACGUACACUUGUACUAAUAGGAGAUUCAGGUGAACAUGAUCCAGAAAUUUAUGGAUUUAUCGCACGAAAAUAUCCUAAACGGAUACGAUGGAUUUUUAUUCGAGCAGUUAAAGGUGAAACUAAAGAUGAUAAACGAUUCUUAAAAGCAUUUAAAGAUAUACCAAGAGAAAAAUGGCUUGUGUUCACUGAUCCAAUUAAUGAGUUACCAAAAGAUUUAAAUAUUACAUAA